AUGGAUACAGCCACAGUGAAGACUCGCAUGUUGAUCAUGUCAGACACACAUGGCAUGGAUUUCACCUCCGCCGACAAACCCUUUCUCCGUGCUGAUGUCGCGAUCCACUGCGGCGAUCUUACUGACGGCUCAAAGCUAGAGGAGUUCCGAACCACCAUUAGCCUCUUGCAAGCUAUCGAUGCGCCCCUAAAGCUUGCCAUCCCAGGAAACCACGAUUUCACACUGGAUGACGUCGCAUUUCAGACCAAAAUUGAGGAAGCGACGCCCGCGCCCGAGCCCGAGCUCGUGGAGAAAGAAUAUGGUGCGAUGGGAGAGGCCAAGCAGUUGUUUAAAGAUGCCAUCGACGUAGGUAUUAUACUCCUGGAUGAGGGCACCCAUCACUUCACCCUCCAAAACGGGGCACGUCUGACUGUUUAUGCCAGUCCCUGUACACCAGCGUUAGGUGCGUGGGGAUUUCAAUACCACCCAGACCGUGGUCACAACUUUGCCAUCCCUGAAGGAGUCGAUCUAGUUGUCACCCAUGGCCCACCAAAGGGCAUUAUGGACUACACCCACCAACGAGAACGAGCUGUAAGCGCGGAUCUAUUCGCAACUGUUGCCAGAAUCCGGCCACGAGUACACUGCUUUGGUCAUAUCCACGAAGGCUGGGGUGCAAGGUUGGUUUCCUGGCUGCAUACACACAGCGAACGACCAACUCAUUUUACCGCAAUCGACAACAAUAAAUCCCAUAUGAUCGAAGGGCUUGCAACUCUCUACCCCUCUAGAUUCGACACACCAGAGGAAACCGCUCAAAAGCAGGAAAAGUUGGACCGCUAUAAGCAGGCUGGGUAUUGCAAGACCAGCCACUGUUUGGGAGAUGAGAUUCCGCUCGACAGAGAGAAAACUCUCUUCAUUAAUGCGUCUAUCGCAGACACUGAUGGUUGCUUGACGCAGAAACCAUGGCUAGUUGAUAUUGAGCUACAGAGAGCUCACUAG